UCGAGGUUCGGCAAGGUUCUGAUAAGAACUUCGGAUUAGUGCAGAUUCCUCGGACGUCAAGCGUGAAUGGAUUAAUAUCGUGUUUCACUUACGCUCUGUGUGUUUGUUUUGAUUGCGACAGUUGCAUGGGCACCAGGAUUUACUUUUCCUGAGCAUCCGUUACACGUGCUGUGAAGGUACGAUUUUUGAACAAUACAAAACGCUUGUAAUAGAAUUUGUUUCAUCAAACGUGAAAAUAAAUAAUGGAAAUUUCCAUGAUUGGAUUUUCAAUGAAGUGCACCCAGUUUUUAUACUGAAAUAUGCCACACUGAAAAAAAAAAAGUCCUGGAAGUUAACAGGUACAUUCUCGAACUGGUAAAUACGAAGCAUAAAUGCUCGUUUACUGGAGGACUGGAAUUUCCAAGGUCCAAACAUGUUUCGAAAACCUGUAGCAGCAAUAAUUAUCAUUUGCUUUUUCAUGAAGACUGUUGUUCACUCUAGGACUGUAAGAUCAUCAGAACAUCCGCCUGUGCAUGUUCAUCCAACUUACAAUACCACUGAUCAUUCUGUCAAGAAAAUAGAAUACGUAGAACAUGAUGAUCCCCAUCCCGAUCUUAACUGUAGCAGAUAUUUGAUCGAAAAGGAAUAUAUACUUCUAGAGAAUGGUAGUUUGUUGCUUCCAGGAUCCCCGAAUGCUCUAGAAUAUAAGACAUUCUUCUUGCAGAACGACACAGCAUUUCUUUGCGUAGGAACAGAAGCUCCAAUAGAAACUACUCCAUCAUCUCCUUUGCAUUACUUCAGCAAAGAAUUUCUUAGCUGUGCACAUGUGCUUAUAGAACCAGAUGAGUAUCAACUUCUUUCAAACGGAAGUAUCUACAUAGGGAUUUAUUCUAAAAUGUACAGCCCGAAGAACUAUUAUAUCCAACAGAGCGGUGUUUAUGUAUGCGUUCCUCAUUAUGAAGAGAUGACACAGAACAUGAGUACAAACGACACAUUUACUGUAUACAUGAACAAGUUUUCCGAAGGAUUUGCCUAUGUAACGUACAUUGGAUUGCUGUUAUCAAUCAUUAGCUUAGUGUCGCAUCUUGCCGUCUUUUGUGUUGUGUCUUCGGUGCGCAAUUUGCCUGGUUGUUGUUUGGCAUCUCUGAGUAUUUCACUUCUGAUAGCCUACUUUUGUUUUAUUACUAUCACUGUUCCUGAAGCCACCGAACAUUGUAUAGGACUUGGCAUGGCUAUAUAUUACUUCUUCCUCACAUCUUUCUUUUGGAUGAAUGCUAUAGCUUUUGAUGUUUGGCGAUCUUUCCGCGUAGUCAUGAAAGAACUUAGAAUCUCCAGUCACAGAGUGCCCUGGAGGAGGUUUAUGCUUUACUCCCUUUACAGCUGGCUGACACCAGGCUUACUUAUUGUACUAGUCAAAAUAAGUGAUACCACAGAAAUAUUACCUGAAGAGUUCAGACCAUCCUUUGGGACACCAACGUGUUGGUUUGGACAGCGUAAGGCACUGCUGAUUUUCUUCGCUGUGCCAUUGUGUGUUGUGAUGCUUCUAAACGCAAUUUUCUUCUUGGAUGUAACGUAUGUAAUUAGCCGGGCUACACUUAAGACUAGCCAGUCACAUGAAGCUACUCUAAAGAAACGCUUUUUCAUGUUUAUGAGAUUAGCUCUCAUAAUGGGACUCACAUGGAUCGUAGGACUAAUCGCAGGUUACGCCGACAACGAGAUUAUGUGGUACCUGUUCGUGAUUCUCAAUACUUUGCAAGGACUCUUCAUCUUCGUUGUUUUUUCUUGCAGCUCCAAAGUCAGAGUAUUUUGUUGCAAGAAAUACAAAAAGCACAUGAGUACUAGAGGAAGUACAUCUGUUAGGACAAUAUCGCAAGUUUCAGCAGCUGUCUGACAAUUGUAUGCUUUAGAAAAUGGAACAUUAUUUCAAAUGUAGGUUUUUAAAUUACCUCUUGAAGAGGUUCAUAUGGACCAUGCAUAUAAUUUUUUAAUAUUUUAUGUAUAGUUUGUAUCAUGUGUACACAGGAUUAUUUUACAUGUAGAUUUAAAAAAUUGCCUCUUGAAGAGGUUCGUAUUGCACCAUGUAUAUAAUUCAUCGCAAUAUUUGACGUAUAGUUUGUGUCGUGUGUGUAUGCACUCUUUUAAAAUUACCUCUCAUGAAUCAUGCAUAUAAUUCUUUAUAAUAUUUUAUGUAUAAUUUGUGUCGUAAAAUAGCAUUUCUGUGUAGCUACACAGAAAUGCUAUUUCAGUCGUAGAUUUUUAAACUACCUCUGAAGAGAUUGUAUUUUGUAUAUAAUUCAUUGUAAUAUUUGACAUAUAGUUUGUGAUGUGUAUGCGCACCAAACAGUUCGCAUAAUAUUCUUGCAUUUUUAUUCCUCAAACUUCAAUAUUUUCUAGAUGCGGUUCUAUUAGCUGUUAAACGUUUUAAAUGAAAAUAUAUCCAUUAGAUGUAAGAAUUGUACGCACAAUUUAAAUACGUUUAAGUUUCUUUGUAAAAUAUUGUAUGAAGAAAGUUUUGUAAAUAAAUUUCAGUUUUACAAUGUG